AGUCCUUCUGGCUUACUACGCACCAGAAACGUUGUCAGGCUUUGCUUUCGGCAGGUAAAGUCGAAGAAGCCCUCGAAUCACACCAACAUAUGAUGGACACCAUCGACGAAACUGAGAAGGCCAGCUGCCUCGAUUGGUCCAACGACUUCAAGGAACAAUGUGCGCUUGCUGCCCGUGAUGACCGUAUUCUUGGCGCAUGUACUCCCUUCCUCAACCUUUUCGCUAUUGACCUAAGUUAUGCAGGCGGAGAUUCCGGGGCAAGAUCAAGAUGGCUAUGAUGUAGAACCUGAUUUCUUCCGGGGGACGCAUGGCGUGGGUGCUUCAGCGUAUCCUUCAUUUUUCUCUCACAUGUCAUUCAUUACAGCAUCCUCAAACUUCCAGACCACGACCUCAAGAGCGCCCCGGGCUCUUCGAGAAACUCAGGCUCGCUAUGACAAGGAAUCUUCAUCCAGUUCCACCACCUGCACCUGCACCCACACCAGCACCGCCCACCGCCCUACCACCUGCCGCUGCCCCCACGACCUUCACAGGCCACGUACGACACCUAUUCACCUGGCGACCCGAUCACACAGCACCACCCGUCGUCGAAGUUUCUUUUGCGCAGGGUCGAAAGCGUAAUGCUGCAGCGGGUGCUCCUGCUGAUGACGAUUCAGACAUUAUACGUGCUGAAUAUGUCGAUGAUGGUCCACAGGAUCGCAAUACACAACAGCCUACUACGCAACAACCCAUUACGCAACAGCAACGACAACCAGUAGUAAUGCAGGCAGUAGAUACUGGGGAACAUGGAGGUGGCAAGUCGUGUUUCUGCUGCUAGCGUCUUUCUUGGAUGUCCUCGUGUAUUUUAGUUCUGUCAUUGCUCUUGUUUUUUUUUGCGAUAUAUAUCUGUUUGAUGUAAAUCGUACUAUUAAUCCGACUCAACGAUGGCACCGCAGGGUCCCUACUACAUUACCC